AAAUCGCCCGUGUCCACCCCGGCCGGGCAUUAACGCUCCCACUUGAAAGAAUCAACAUGGCUGCCUGUGGUAGUGCUUCAAACGAACGUUCAGCAUCACCAGACAUUGAAAAUCAGAAAAGGCAAAUAACGGAGCUGAUGAAAAAGGAGUUAGCUAAGGGUGACACCUGGUAUCUUGUUGACGCGAGAUGGUGGAAACAGUGGAAGAAGUUUGUUGGAUAUGACACUUGGGAUCGUAAUGGAGAACAGCUUAAUGAUCCUGGCCCCAUAGAUAAUUCAAGUCUCCUUGCACCCGAUGGCUGUACUCCGAAGGAACAUCUUAUUGAUGAACUUGAUUAUUACCUUCUACCUGAAGAAGCAUGGUUUAAGCUUGCGUCAUGGUAUGGAGUAGCUGCAUAUCAUCAGAUAAUCCCGAGAAAGGUAAUAGAACAUGGGAUGUACGUGAAACGCCCUACAGUUGAAGUGUACCUAUUGGAGAUAAGACUUGGUUGGAAGGCUGAUCUUAAAAUGGCAGUCACAAGGCAGUUUAGUAAAGGAGACACUAUUGGUCAUGUAGAGUCAGAAAUGAGGAAAAUAUUUUCCAUUCCAAGCGAGGUUGAAACAAGAGUUUGGACCAAGUACAUGAGCAAUACUUAUGAUCUAUUAAAUAACAUGGAACACACUCUGACUGACGCUGGUCUCUAUUGUAAACAGUUACUUCUUAUAGAACAGAGGAACGAGGAUGGAACCUGGGGGAAACCUCGAAGCCCACAUUCUUCGUCGUUAACAUCUGUACAGAGUGGCAAUGGCAAGAAGCCACCUGCUUCAAUACAGCAAAAUGCCAAUCCGAAACCAAAAAAGAAAGCCAUCGAAGGUAAAAGCGUUACCAGAGUCCGUGUAAAAGCAAAGAAGCCACCUUGCAAUGAGACAAAAGCUGAAACAUGGGUCUCUGCAUCGCCGAUUGCUAAUGGAAUCGCGAGUCAGCAAGAAGGUUUAGAGAAAAGCGCCUGUCAAAAGAAUGUUAAGGUAUCAACAGUAGAGAGCAAUGCUUCAGCGAGCCACGUUGAAUCUGUGAAAUCAGCUCAACUGCCAAGUGCGAAACAAGAUUCCAACGACCUCGAACAAGGUAGCAACGCUAAUAGCCGCUGGCCUCAAAUUCGAUGCGAUGUGGUGCAGAUGCGUCAAGCGCUUAACGAAGAAGAACGUGCUCUUAAUAUCAGAAAGCAAGAAUUGCGGGAAAAGGAAACAGUUCUGGUAAAUAUGUUACGGAAUACUGUAUGUGAGGAACAACAAGCAAGAACAAGAGUCGAGGAAGAAUUGAGCCAGGCAAGGAUUGCUUAUAACGAGCUGGAAGAAAGAAUGCAAAAUGAACUUGCACAGAUUCGUCAAGCGCUGGAUGACGAAGUACGUUUGCGCGACACUAGAGAGCGGGAACUAAGAGAGAAGGAAACUAUUGUAGAACAACUACAGAACACGUUAGGCGAAGAGCGGCAGGUGAGAACACAAUUGGAAGAAAGAUUGCAAACUGAAAUGCUGUCAAGUCAAGCUCGCCAACAAGAGCUUCAGACAAAGGCGAACGCUAAUAGAGAACAGCAGCGUCUUUUGGAAGAAGAGCGCCAACAGAAGACAGCUUUGGAAGUAAGGCUAAGAAACCUGGAACUUCAGAUGCAAGAAGAAAGGAACUCAUACUUGUCCAACGAAAGAGAGUUGCAGUCAGCUGUGUCUGCGGCCCAAGAGGAACUGACUGAGUACCAGCGUCGCCAACCACGUGAUUGGAUUAUCCAACGCGAGGAAGUUCUUCUGAGUGACAGUGUUUUGGGCAAAGGAGCCUGGGGCAGUGUGCGUCAGGGCACAUUUCGUGGUUGCCAAGUUGCUGUCAAGGAAAUUCACGAGCUGAUUCUUUCACCUCAUAAUCGUAGGCUGUUUGAACGAGAAAUGAGCAUUGCGUCCUGCUGUCGCCAUCCGAAUCUCUUACAGUUUAUUGGUGCGACUAACGAUGAUGGCAGUCCUCUGUUCAUCACUGAAAUACUAAACACUAGUCUACGGCGCUUGUUAUCCGAGCGAGCUUUAAAUGACGAGGAGAUUGUCAGUCUUGCCUUGGACGUCGCUAAAGGGUUAAAUUACCUUCACCUUAAUAGGCCGCUUCCCAUAAUACAUCGAGACAUCAGCAGUGCUAAUGUGUUACUAUGGAGACGAGAUGCGGGUUGGAGAGCCAAGCUGUCUGACUAUGGGUCGGCGAAUUUCAUGCGUCAGUGUAUGACAGUAAACCCAGGGGCAAUAAUCUAUUCUGCACCAGAGGCCCUCACUUCUCAACAGUCACCAAAGGUGGACGUGUACAGUUUUGGUUUACUGUUGUGUGAAAUGUGCGUCAGAGAACUACCGGUUCCUCAAGAGGUCCAUUGUCAGAUCGGCCAGGUAACUAAUGGUGCCCUGCGAGGGCUCAUUGAGCAGUGUGUGAAGAGGGACCCUGAGGAACGCCCUAGCAUGAGUAACAUAAUAUGUGAGCUGGAACAACUUGAACAGGCCAAAAGUAUUUGAUCCCUUGGAAGAACUCGUACGCAACAGAGACCAUUAGUCCAGAAAGAGAAUACUGAUCUAAAAUCUUUAGAUCCAAACCAACCGUACAAUCAUUUUACCCUAUAGGAAUCCUAUUGGAAGCAUUUAGAAACAAGGUACAUCGAUUAUAUAUAACGACCUUGUAGAAACUAGGAUAGAAACCUCAAGGGAAUCCUUGAAACCUUCAUGUAAAUUCAAGGACAGAACUUUCUAUGAACCUCGAUACUUCAGGGUUAAAGCCCCCUGUUAUAACCGUUGUCGCCUUGGUGCGCAUUCUGUAAAAGACUAUAACUUUGUUUAAGGCCUUCACGCAACAAAACCACUAUGUUGAUCAUAACCUUGGUAAAACUGAGAUGAAGACUGAAUCUAUUAAAACUAAGAAGGCUAUAUUAUUCUUUCUUUAAUUAUUAUUAUUGUUAUUCCUAUGUACGAUUUUAUUUGCUAUAAUUAUUGGUUCUAUUUCUUGUCAAUUAGAAUUAUGAGUUAAGCUUUAAAGCUCGAGGCAGGGUGCUGUUAAACAGCGGAUGUGAGAACAAUUUACCUAACUUGUGCUGAACGUUUGAUACGUUUUUUGUGUAAAAGAAAAUGGAAUCAAGGCUAGCGAAAUUCGAUUCUAUGAAAGUCAGUUAUCUUGGGCUGACAGUAGAACCCCUUUAAUUCGUUCAUCGACGGGCCACGAACAUUUGGUCGUAUUAAUUAUAAAGGGUAAAAUUAUAAAGGAUUACCGUGUACAGGUUGGGAUUUCAAAAAAUGUGGCCGUUGGCCGUCAUAUCGGGGAUUUUCUAUAAGAAACAGUAUGGGCGUUUCGCCGGGAAAGAAAAGACUGACCGAAAUAACGACGUGACCGUAUUAACGUGGUGACCGUAAGGCGUGGCUCCACUGUAUUUAUGUUAAUUCCUAUAUACAAUUUAGCGUUAUCUCAAUGUGCAAUAACUAAUAGUUUUAUCUUUUUCCAGUUACGAUUACGACUGAUGCUUCCGUAUACUAUAUAUUGCGGCUUGGUAUUUAAUCAAGGGCACGGCAACAAGGGUUUUCUCUCAAACGCCUUAAAAUGCUGCUUAUUUACGCUAUUAAGCAGCGCUGUAAAAUUGCCACCUGUUCGAUCGGUCAUUCUGUUGGGAACUUGAGCCUUCUCGAAUAUUUUUAGGGCCUUCUUUUUGGUCCAUUUCCUGAAAAUCUACUUACCUUUCCAAAAAUCACAGUUGAUCGCUUUUGUGGUACCAAAAACGAAAUUUUUAUCAAUCUGGAAACAACAGGCAUACCACGAAAGUAUGAGGCGACAAUUCUCUACGGUAUUCGGAGAGGAUUAAAAUCCUUCUGAACAAAUAAUUUACCGAAACCACCCGAGGGUGCCUCUGAUUAAAUAUCCGUUGUUUAUUUUAAAUUCCAGUUUAGUUUUGUCGUAUUAUCUUUUUCUAGUUAAAAUGAUAAAUGAGUUUGCGCCUUUUGUGUAAUAUCCUGAAAGGAUACAAUAAAGGAUUCUUAUCUUAUCGUUA